AUAUACCCUGCAAGGAUUCUGCCCUUCUCCGGAAGGUGAGUAUCAAGAAGGAGAAAAUGGAAGCAGACUCACUAACAGGCAAAUCCCAGGAACCAGUGACAUUCAAAGAUGUGGUUGUGGAAUUCAGUGCGGAAGAGUGGGGACAAUUGGACUCUGCUGUAAAGAACCUGUACAGGGAUGUGAUGCUGGAGAACUAUAGGAACCUCAGUUCAUUGCGUAAAGAGCUUCAAUUUUCCAAACCAGUUGAGGUCCCCAAGUUGGAGAGUAAGAUAAAAGGAUGGAUAAUGGAGCAAGAAAUCCCAAGAACAGCCAUACUUGUUUCAAAGAGAAUUUCUGGAGCAGAAUCAUUCCAUGGAGAGAUAAUGACAACACUGACCCAAAGUAGACCUCCUUCUCUAGAUGCCUGGAAAAGUGAUGAUUGGUUAUAUAGGAACUGGGACAUACAUUUGCCACAAGAAGCUUUCAUUCAUAAGACAAUCGAUACUGUGGAAGGACACUUUGAAUAUAGUGAAAAUAAGAAAAGCUUUGAUGUUAAGUCAGUUAACUCAGUUUUUGAUAGUCAACAAGGAGUUCCUAUGAGCAAGGGGUCCCCGAAGUGCAAUAAGUUUAAAACUAAUUUCAAAUUUAAUUUUGACUUACUAGGAAAGCAACAUUCAGAAUAUAAUGAAUGUGGGAAUGCCUUGAGCCUGAGUACAGAUAUUCAACACCCAAAAAGUCAUACCACAAGGAGUUGCUAUGAAUGUUUUCAGUGUGGGAAAGCCUUCAGCCGGAGUUCAUCCCUUGUUCGACAUCAGAUCAUUCACACAGGAGAGAAACCCUAUAAAUGUAGUAAAUGUGGGAGAUCCUUCAACCGACGAACAAAUCUUAGUAAGCAUCAAAGAGGUCAUCCAGAAGUAAAGUCCUACAAAGGAAAUAAAUGUGAAACAGUCUUCAGUAAGAGUGAAGACAGUAAUAAAAAUCCAAGUCUCCAUCCUAGAGAUAAUACUUAUGAAUGUGUUAACUGUGGAAAAUCCUUCAGCCGGAGCUCCUCACUUAUUCGACAUCAAAUGAUUCAUACCGGAGAGAAACCAUUUAAAUGUAACAAGUGUGAGAAAACCUUCAACAGGAAUUCAAACCUUAUUAAACACCAAAAACUUCAUACUCAAAAGAAGUCCUAUAACAAGUAA